UGUAUAUUCGUUGCUGAUAGAUAGAGUAAAUUUCAAUAUAUAGUUCAAAAAGACAACUAUCCUAGUCAUCCAGCAAUUGAAAAGACGGACAGAGAGGUUCGGGGGUGGGUGUAUGUAUGUAGUUUGGUCAAGCAAAGAGGAACAUGAAGUCUUGGUUGAGACAUGGUUCCAGAUCGCCGAGUCUGAGCUCAAGUGGGGAUUGGCAAGAAGAUGAACAAUCAAUGUCGUCAAAAUAUUCUUUCAGUCACAAUUCCAUCACUGAAAAUGGCUCAAACAGUGGUGGUGUGCUGCUUCACCACCAAGAGCCAGUAAUCUCACUGGUAGAAUGCCAAAACAAUUUGGCUGAAUCAGUCCAGGAUUCCACUUCAAAUGGUGCAUGCGGUCCUAGCAGUGGGGGCGGAGGGACCGGCAGGCGGCAGUAUUCUGCAGAGUACAAAGACUACGAGCCCGAAGAUGGCAAAGAUGAUAAAAAAAGUUAUCAUCACAACAACAAUCAUUACCGCUACAAUAAUCAACAAAACUGUUCAACAGGAUUUUAUGGACAGCAGUACGGUAAUAAUAACAAUGGAAGGCGAAACAAUCUCUAUAAUCACCGCCAAUACGGCAACAACAAUGGAUAUGGAGGAGGAUAUAACAAUCAACGGAGACAGUACACCAACAACAAUAAUUUCAAUAACUACAACGGUUUUCGAAAUUAUAGGAAUAACAGGAGACAAUUUCAACCUCAUACUGAUUACUACCACCACCACCACCACAACAACAAUCACCAGUAUCACAAUAAUUAUCCCCACGACAGUACUAAUAAUGGCUACUACCCCCGGGGUGGCACAAGGGGGUUCUCAGAUUUUUACACUAAUAGUUAUCGUCGAAACAACAACAGUGGAGCAGGUACUCCUCUGUCUUCUCCCGAAUUCGAAGAGUUUCUCCCAUGGGCACCUAAACGUGGGUGUGCUCCUCUAGAAACCGGAACCUUCUACACGGGAGGAAACUACUGCAACUCAAAUUCAAGGAAUUGUAGCCCGGACAAUAGCCCUACAAGCGACAUUAGCGGAGGGUUUCCAGUUACCGGGCAAACACGUGACAUUGUUCUUAAUAACGGUAGCAUCAUAACAGCCCAGAACCUUGGACCUUAUGAUUAUUUGGUCGGGAAUCAGCAGCAGAGCAUCAGCAAUAAUAACAGCGGUUUUCCCUACUCUCCAUACACGGGGAACUAUUUGUAUGGUUGUACUUCUAUCAGCACUGCAAGUGCUUGCGAGCGAGAAUCAGCAAGCAAUAAAAGUAUUAUGGUAACUCAAGUAAUGGGACCUCCUCCUCCUCCCCCUUCCGUGUCAACCACAUCAUCCCGAGCUGCGAGUCGCACCGAUAGCCCUGCUGCAGAGACAGCAACGGACUGGCCUGAUGACUCUACGGAUGGUAGCGACUCUGAAGGCGCUGGCACCUCAUUGAGUACCAGGUCUCAAUCUCCCGAAGAAUAUACUGAUCUAACAUUGUCAAAUGAUGCAAGCUUCAGAUUUUACGACAACUUUGGCGUCAUUGGGAAGGAUUUUUCACCAACAACAUUUUGUCUUGGUCUCCCAAAGGGUCGAUUUCCUCACGUAUCUUUCCCACGAGAAUGGUUUGAGGACUUGGAACCAGAUGAAAUUAUCCAACAAUUCAGCAAAGUUGUCGACCCAAAAGAAAAACCAUUCAAUGUUAUUGUGGAGAGCACCUUUACGGCGUUGGACGUGGCCAUUUGGACCAAGUUUGUGGAGAAUCAACAAACAAUGGAAACGUUCCGAAAGAAGGUUGAACUGUGGAGAGAUGUAUACCGUUUGGUCCGAUUCAUGAACUUUACUCCGGAAUUCAAAUAUGACGCAAGAAACUUUCCAUUUUUCGGACUGCAAGUGGUUGGUUCAACAAUGUCAGGAUUUGGUAGUAAUGCUAGCGAUGUAGACAUGUGUUUGGUUAUCAGAGACACUGAAGUGGAUCAACGUUACGAGGCUGUAGAGCGACUUCAGGCUUUGUCACAAACCUUGAGCUCUCUUCCAUUCGUGGAGAAUGUUGAGAUGAUUUAUGCCAAAGUACCAAUUCUCAAAUUUCGGGACUCUAAUCGACGACUUGAUGUUGAUCUCAACUGCAACAAUUUCGUGGGAAUUCGUAACACUCAUUUGUUGUACGCUUAUGCACAAAUGGAUUGGCGCUUGAAACCACUGGUGCUCAUAGUCAAGUUGUGGGCUCAAUUUCAUGGCAUCAACGACGCCAAGAUGAUGACAAUUUCAAGCUACUCUCUCGUAUUAAUGGUAAUCCAUUUUCUUCAGCAUGGGCUUGAUGAGCCGGUCCUUCCCAACUUACAGAAAGAAUAUCCAGAGAAAUUCAGCAAUUCCACUUCAAUCCUGUUGAUAAAAAUUCAUGAAGAAAUGCCGACAUGGAAAAGCAAGAAUGAAAUGGGUCUCGGGGAGCUGCUGAUUCUUUUCUUGGAAUAUUAUUCUAGAAAGUUUGAUUACACGAGGAACGUGAUCUCAGUUCGUGUGGGUGGUACAAUUACUAUGCGACAGGCGGCUAACCAUAAAUCUAACAAGAACGACUUUCAUUCAUGGAAGCUAUUAUGUGUGGAAGAACCGUUUGAUCGUACCAAUACUGCCCGGUCAGUUUACGAUAGGCUGAUCUUUGAGAGAAUCAUUGUCAUAUUUUACGUAUCCUGGCAAAGAUUGCUGGUAACUCGACUACUCGAUUCCAUAUUUACACCGUUCCCAGAAGAAGAAAUUCGGUCUGUUGUAAGCAUCGUCGCCGCUAGACUACUUCGUUGAUUGAUGGUGAGAUCAUGCAUAUAUCUGUGGUCGUUCUCCUCUUUCUCUCUCUCUCUUUCAAACGUCUACAACUUCGCAGUAAUUAUAAAGUGUAUGUGAUAUAUUAGUUAUUCUGAUUUCUGAAAUUUGGUCUCGUUUCCACUGUAGUAUUCAUUACAGAAAUUCAAGAAUUUAGCGCAUUAUAAAUUCAGUUCAUGUUUUCAAGUUUUUUUUAAUGCUACGGCAGCCAAUAUAAUAUCGUUAGUUUUCCACCACUUCCUAUUAUCACACAUCACACACACACAAUACUUCAUGUUUUCUGCUUAAUUUGUGCCGUAGAAAUUAUAGAAACACUAUCAGUACUAUAAAAGAACAAUACAUGAAGAAGGGAACCUGGAUAAUAAUAUGAACUAUUCUUACCAUGUAAAUAACCACCAUGAAGAUUAACUACUAUUCUGUAUACCCUACGUCCCUCUUUUUCUAUGUUGUGCUAUCAAAUAAGAAACUAAUUAAUGUUUUUGUCGACAAAUUAUGUACUACAACUGAUAGCGUAGUGGUGGCUGUGUGUGAUAGUUCAGAUUAAAAAAUUACUCAAUAUAAAUUUGUUUCUCAUGUCGGCAGCAAGUUUUACGAAACGAAUACUUGGCUGUGUUUGUAAGUUAUAUAAGAUGGUAAUAGUCGAAAUUCGAAGGGUCUGAACAAUACAAUACAUCUAAACUAUGAAACAAUAAUUUGUAUCCUCAAUACAUACAUACAAUACAUUCAGAACAAUAUUUACUACCGAAUGACAAUGAUAAUAACCAAAAUGUUUUUAUUAAGUAAAAUGUUUGGAGGAAGAUUACGAAACGAUUACAAUAAUUAUUAUAUUAGUACCAGUAAGUCACAACCUGCAAAUAAGUCGGAUGAGGUUGUGCUGCUGCGCCAAUGACUUUGUCCUAAUCCUAAACCUAAAUCUAAUGUUAUUUAAAUAAACGUAUCAUUCAUUCAUUGUCAAUCCCAUCCAUUACUAUGUAAUAACCUGAAAUGAUGAUCUUAUAGGGAUGAACAAAAACGAUACAUAUCAUGUUCGCCUUUUUUCAUAAAGAAAUGGAUUAAUAUUCCAAAGUUUCAAUCUAGACCUAUCUAUGUACGUAUAAGAAUAUAUUUGUAAUUGACUACGCAAAUUUAUUUAAUACUUAAUCGAAAACUGAAAUUCCAAUCUUAAAAAAAUAUUUUGUCCGGUUAGAACUCUACAUUCGUUCUGUGCCGAUCUGUGAGUCGUCUUUCCAAUCUGAAGGGCGUGGCGGACUUGAAGUGUUUACAUGUUAGAGCUCAAUAAUUCAUGCAUGGCGAAUUUACCGUUAUUAUGAAUUGAUGGCUAUUCUUGUCUUUUCAAUUCCGUCGCCCCUUCAAACCGCAUGUAUUAAGAGAUGAUGAGAUCAUACUAGAUAUUAAGACUACGAAAACCCCUUCUAAUAAUUCAAAUUGGCCUUGUUUUUUUAAUAAUUUAAUGUCACUAUCAAAAUUGUAUUCAACAUAAAUAAUUAUUUAUAGCAUUUAAUUGAUUCAUUGUCUAAUUUGUCAAAGCAUCCAAAAUCAGAAAAAAAGAUUAAAAUUUUAGAAUCGGGCUGUCGUCCCUCCCAAAAAAA